UGUCCUGCUACUGUGCCUGCUAUGGUGUCCCGGGACCAGGUCCACCUAGGCCCCAAGUAUGUGGGCCUCUGGGACUUUGAGGCACGGACAGAUGAGGAGCUGAGCUUCCGGCAGGGGGACAUCUUCCACGUGACCAGGAAGGAGGAGCAGUGGUGGUGGGCCACCCUGCUGGACUCUGCAGGUGCGGCCCUUGCUGAGGGCUAUGUGCCCUGCAACUACCUGGCAGAGAAGGAGGCCGGGGAGUCUGAGCCUGCGGGACGCUCAGGUCGUGCGGCACUACAGGAUCUGGCGGCGCUCUGGCCGGCUACACUUGAACGAGGCAGUGUCCUUUCCCAGUCUGCCCGAGCUCCUGGACUACCACAAGGCCCAGAGCCUGUCCCAUGGCCUGCGGCUGACCGUGCCCUGCUGUAAGCACGAGUCGGAGCCUCUGCCCCACUGGGCCAACUGGGAGAGGCCAAGGGAGGAGUUCACACUCUGCCGGAAGCUGGGCGCUGGCUAUUUUG